UGAAAACGUUCUCAAACCGAAUUGAAAGAGUGGUCAUCAUAAAGCCUUCUACAGACUGAAAGUGAAACUACAUCGAGUGAACCAGUAGCAGAUCUAUUUUGAAACUUUGGAAUCAACAGCUCGGAUGGUCUCAGAGAAAACAUACGAGCCAAAACUGAAGCCAUGGCGUCAACUGCUGGAGAGACGAAUUCAACAAACUCGACGAACUUCGUGGAAACGGAGAUUGCCGAAGGCAUCUGGAAGUACUGUUCGUUCGUGUUGAUCGGCGUGGGAACAGUGGGCAAUGUACUCGCCAUUUUUGUUCUGCUAAGAAAGAACAUGCGCUCUAGUACCACCAUGUUUUAUCUCACGGUCCUCGCGUUUGCCGACAUUGUGGUACUUUACACGGGUCUCUUGCGUUAUUGGGUCAAGUACGUGUUUGAACACGACCUGCGGGCCGUGACCACCGCGUCUUGCCGUGUCCACUUAUUCCUGGUCUACUUCUCGCUGGACGCGGCCGUCUGGACAAUGGUUGUCGUCACCAUAGACAGAGCCAUAUUCGUCUGCUGGCCAUUUCGCGCCAAAACUUUCUGUACGCUGCGGAACGCUCGGUUCGUCUUGGCGGCGUUGAUCGUCGUCCUUGGCCUGGUAAAUGUUCAUUUCCUCUGGAUGAUCGACAUCAUCGUCACGGACACGGGAGUUGUAGACUGUGAGGUGCAGGCAACACUCACCGGCCGACAGUACUGGUAUGCCAAAGUCUUCCACCCGUGGUUAGAUUUUUGUAUGUUCAGUUUCCUGCCCUUCUCACUCAUGCUUGUCUGCAACUGUUUGAUCAUCCGCCAGAUGGCGCUCAGCAGGCGCCGCUUAGCGGCUCACGCUAAACGACAGGAAGAGAAGGCUACCAAUGUCGAAAUCCCAACUGCGUCAAACUCUCGUAGAAUCUCGCGGAAAUCUCGAAGACUACCUAGAUAUUGCUCUAGUGUGACGGUAACACUCUUGACCGUGAACAUGGUCUUCUUGUUGAGUACGUCACCGAUUGUAGUAUUCUUACUUGGCCAUGACAAAUGGUAUGACCACGGCAGUGCGCAUGCUCGGGCAGUACUAGGCUUGAUUUGGGCAAUAGUGAACAUGUUGCAGUACCUAAACAACGCCAUACACUUCUUUCUGUACUGCCUGACGGGGCCAAAAUUUCGACGAGAACUUGUCUUGUUGUUAAGACGAAAAAACAAAGUCGACAUAAUUGUGGAACAAAGUACAACCUUGGAGAUUUAUCAUACUAACACACCAGGGCGUUAGACUAUCAAGUCACACAUAAUGCGCAUGUCAGGAAAUGGCAUCUGCAAAAUGGGUGAAGCCUUGCCUGUCACAGGAUAGGGGCUAGGUGUGGGAGUGGCUCUUCACGCAUUAUGACACGAGGGAUGUAAUAUUGG